AUGACUUUCGCUACAGAAUCCCCAGAGCUCAGCCCCAUAAUGCAAAACGAUGCGCACUUUGCCUUUGCGCGAAUCAAUGGGUCUGACGUCCAUCUUGUACAAGCGUCGUCUUUCAAAUCGCCUAUAGCCCCUGUAGACGUCAAAGUCUUCAAGCACGAGUUUAUCUACAUUUUCCGGCUCGCCAAGUCGUGCACCGUGCAUCCUGCAGAGAUCUCGUUCCUGGAGACCAUAGAUGACCGUCACGCGCUCUAUGAAGAAGAGGGCGAAAAGGUGUAUCUUACGAGGGAGAUGAUGCAAAAGAUGCAAAACUACAACUGCGAUCCUCGCUUCCGCAAGCAGGUCCCAAAAUCUCCGCGGCCUGUUGUAUCGAACCAGCGCCAACAACGGCAACGACAAUAUUGA